CGGAAGGUCGCUGACAUUCGGGCGAUGCCAAGCUGCGAGACCAUGAAGCGGCUACCAGAAUUGGCUGCCAAUGAGGUUUGCAGCAGCAUGCAUCCGCUGCGUGGAGACAAGAAGGUAUAUGCAGCGAUUAGUACACGAUGAUUCCAGUGCUGUCGUAAUAUAACCGUCAUCUUGCCUGACCCCCCGCGACUCACACACCUGGACAACAGCGACUCGGUGUGCUGACCACAGAUCGCGCGACUUUACGGUACGUCUUCAGUGGGGGCAGAGGCACUCACCCAUACCAACGUUGCACAAGACAGAUGUUGUUUCGACACGGCAGCCGAAUGCCACACCGCCGUCAAUCCCGAAUUCGCCCGUCAUGGAUUCUAUGGUCGACCUCCGCCUCGAGCCGAUUCCGUUCACGGCAACCCCGAGAUCCGAGAUCCCGUACCCGCUCGUAGCCGACUACCUCGCGACGCUGCUACGGCCGUCAUCGCCGACGCAGCCAGUCGAAUCGUUCGAGUUUCGAGCGAGCAAUGCAUCGAGCCACGCCACCGACGUCGAGGGCGACGACGGGCCGCCCGUCCGCCGGCGCAUCUGCCGCCACCCGGGCUGCGCCAGCCACGUCCGGUCCAAGGGCUACUGCAAGCGCCACGGCGGCGGGCGCCUCUGCAGUGUGUUGACGUGCGACAAGGAGGCACAGAACGGACAGUUUUGCAUCGGCCACGGUGGAGGCAAGAGUUGUCAAGCCAUCGGCUGCUCGAACGCGGCACAGUCCCAGGGCCUCUGCAAAGCCCACGGCGGUGGCUCGCGCUGCAAAUACGCGGGAUGCGACCGCAGCAGCCAAGGCGGCGGGCUCUGCCGCACCCACGGAGGUGGCAAGCGCUGUGACGUAGCCGGGUGUACUAAAGGCGCGCAGCGGGGCACCAAGUGCGCCAAACAUGGCGGCUGUCGGACGUGCUCGGUCGUCGACUGCCCGCGCACCGACCGCGGCGGCGGCUUGUGCGACGUCCACCGGCGCAACAAGACGUGCCGCAUCCCAGAGUGCAAGCGCCUCGGAAAGACGAUGGGCAUGUGCACAGCCCACAUGCGCGAGCACCGCGACCGAACGUUCAAAGUCGAGCCGUGACGCAUACAAGUAUUUAACAUCAUAACCUAAACUGCCUACCCCUA